AUGGAUGAAGUGGACGUUGCGGUGCACAUUGAACCUCUCACCGAGGCCGUUAGGGACCUGAAAGACCAACUAAACGCCUUCGCGGCAGGCCUCACUUCUAAGAUCGACGCCCUCGCCGACAUGCAUAUUCGCCAAAUCGACGCCCUCAACCGAAAAGUUGAACUCCUGUUGGAGAGGACGCAGCCGAGGUCUAACUGCCUAUUUUGUGCGAUAGCGGAUAACAAAGACUGCCACCCAACAGGCAGAUGUUGCCGUUACCCCGACGCCGUCUCACGAGCAGUUCAAGCAAAUAACCCUGGCCUCUGCAAUCGCUGUCUACAGCCUCGCCAUGGCGAGGACUGUGGAAUUCUCUGCACCUACUGCGGGCGAGAGCAUAAUGUCCUGCUGUGCCCGAAUAAACUGUCGCAAUCAACGGCUUCGCUGAAACAAAGGAAGUCCCAAACGUCCUUUGCCGCCCCGGAGAAUGCACUGGUGUGUUUGCAACCACCAGCGCAUUUUCCGCAUUCCAGUCGUCAUCGUCGCCUAGCAUUCUGUUCGCCCCUCCUUCCACCAACCCAUCAAUACUACUGUAUUCUUCAUCGACCGUGCGCUCGACUGGUAUUCCUAUUCGCACGCCAUAUCGUCAGUGCUACGGUACUCAUCACUGCUGUCGUCUGGGUUGCUCGCCUACAUUCCAACGAUCGUCGUACUCUUCUGAAACUGAUUCUCCGUCGUCUUCUUGCGGCGCAGGCUCAGCUCCAAUUCGAACGGACAGUGGAAAGUUCAUUGUUGCCCCUCGCCGGAGAUUAUGUCAAUGUGAUCGAUGAGCACAAUGUGGAGGCAUUUCAACCUAUUCGAUUGCAAAUGGUCGUCGAUGGCAUAUCACCAGUGCUUCCAACGGGUAAUGGAACCAUGCAAGAAGUGAAUUCUAUUCGAUAUUUCACAUUUCGCAAACUCAUGUAUGUCUGGCGAUCCGAAGUUGAGGCAUGGAUAGCACCCGCUGAUCUCGAUGGUCAGAUCCCUUUAGUGCAUUUCCAUGCCGAACAACUGCGUGGCGUAACGCCCGCAAGCGGGGCGUCUCCUCCCACCUUCACCGAGGAGAAUGAAGAGAUGAAACCGAAUGAUUUACCUUCGGAUGGAGAAAUGAUCACGGCCAUUGCAACUUGUCAUUCACUGACUAAAAUACAUGGAGAAUUGCUUGGAGAUCCGCUUGACUUGAUCCUUUUCAAUCAAACGGGGUGGACAUUGAUGGAGUCAGCGGAUGAUGAAGCUGACAACGAAGUGCAGAUCUUCGACAGUAUUCAGCCUACUGUAGUGAAGCCAACGCAGGCUAAUCAUGUUUUCUGCAAAGUCAGUGCAAUUGUCUACUUCUUGUUGCUGCUCCAACUCGUGCCACUUGAAGUUGCGGUGUUUUCCUCCAAAACUGGCUACGGAGAAGUUAUCGAGGCUGAAACUUCAUAA